UCCUGAACAAGAGCGUCCUCGGGUGACUCAUCCACCGAGGGGGUUCAUUUCCGUGUAUACUCACCAUUUGGAGAAUGGUCUCCGCUUUCCUUUGGAUCCGUUCGUAUCCGAGGUUUUGGUGUCGUACAACAUUAGUUUGGCCCAGCUCACACCCAAAUCUAUGAGGCACAUAAUCGGAUUUAGAUGGGUGUGUGACUUCGUCAAUUUCCCUUGCUCUGUCGCUAUUUUUCGGGAUCUUCACGAUCUGGUUCUCAACCAUGCUUCCAAGGGUGAUGGGUAUGGUUGGUGGACCAUUGUCAACAAGAAGUCCCGAAAGAGGGGGGAUCCGAACUACAUCACGGCGUACCCCUACCUUAGCUCUGACCACAAUUGGAAGACGGAGUGGUUGCUCGUCCGUGUGCCGACGGAUCCGAAGCAUCCCAACUUUUAUCGUCCUCCGAAGUGGUUCGUGGCUCCUGAUCCUGAUAUGAGGGGUGUGGCGGCUCCAGAUCGGAACCAUCGCCACUAUGUGGACCUCCUCCAGUGGUUCUUGGCUCAAGAGGAUAACCACCGACUGCCGUCUAGCUGGCUCCCGAAUCUCAAUUACAUUCUGAGGGAGGACAUUCUUGCUGUUGCCGGUCUCAGCAGGAUUUUUGACAGGGAGUACGGCUUUAGCUGCAUUGAUCCUAAGAAGUUGGGCAUUUCUUUGGAUUUGAAGACUAUUCACGACCCGGCUCCCGAGUACAAGUUCGGAAAAGAUAACCCUCGUAAUCCUCGUCUGAAGGAUUACGUGUUGUCUCCUUUGGGGGUUGCUCGGAUAUCCGAAGUUCGAGCUGAUCCGUGGGAUUCCGCCUCUUCUGUUGAAGCUGUUCCUGUGAAGGUUGUGCUUCCUGAGUUGAAGACGACUUCGGAUCCGGGUCCUGGGACUGACGCUGUGCCGCGUGCCGUUCCUUCGGUUUCAUCUCCGGCUCGGAUAGAUAUCUCUUUAUCUAGGAACCGGGAUCAACGCAAAAGGAAGGGUAGCACUCUUUUGAGGCCUUCCACGCAUCCGAAGAAAGCGAAGGCUUCUCAGCCCUCGGAGAAGGAAGCAGUUUCGGAAGUCAUGCCUCCUCCUAAGAAUCUUCUUCACUUCAUGCCCUUGCCAGGGCAGAAGUUAAAGAGUGUGGUGGUUGCUGAACCGCCGGCCGUGGAUCAGCCGCUGAUCGAGGAAGAUAUCAUCCCUUCUCCCCUUAAACCAUCUGCUGCUUUGGGGAUCGAAAUCCAGGAUAUCACCGAGGUGAUGGAGGCGAUUGAAGCCGAUUUUGUUCCUGGUUCGGAUGUCCCUGAGGUAGCUGGGGAGAAGAAGGAGUCUGCUGAUCUUCCCUUCGAGAGGGAGAAGAGUCCAGACAAGGAGAUGAUAGAUCUCUCGGGCCCCGAAGCUGCGGUCCCCGAGGUUCAGAAGGAGGUUCCCUCUGCUGGAGAGGAGGAGCAGCCCGAGCAAGGUUUGACGAGGAAGAGGCGCCACUCAACUUUGGGUUCUACUUCUACCUCGGCCCUGGAUAGGCUGAUCCAUGCUGAUCCCUGUUCGAAUGUUCCGCUAAAACGGAUCCCCGAAGAAGUAAGGGAGGCGAUGGCUCGAUAUGCCAGGGCUCCGAUUUUGGGAGAGGACCCUUUGGCUCACGUGGGAUCCUUGGUGGGCCCCGAGGCUGCUCGGGAGAAUCUGCUUCGUGCUAACCCGCAGUGGAGGGUUCCUGGGGCCGAAGAGAGGAAUCCGGCAAUGAUGGCCCAGUACUAUCUGAACGAGGCUGUUUUCUGGUCUUCGUUCGCUUCCGAGUGUAGCUCGGUUGAGGAGAAACAACUGAGGAAAUAUCGUGAGGCUUAUGCUCGUGAUAUUCCCAUUUUGGACCAGAAGGCUGGGCAACUCCUCUCCGAGCUUACGGAACUCAAGCAGCUGUACCUUCACUAUAGUCGCGAGGCUAGAGAGUCUGCUGAGAAGAUCGGGACCGAGGUUGGCCAGCUCAUCUUCCGAGUUGAAGAGGAUGCUGAGAAGAUCGCUUCCUUUGCUGAGGAGAAGAAGGAUAUGGCCGCUAAGUUCGCUAGCGAACUUGAGGAAAAAGAUAGACUCUUCCAGGAGAUGAAGUCUAAAUUUGAAGCGGCCGACAAGGAGCGUAAAGAGGCGGAGUUAAGGCUCCACCAUUUUGUCCAGCAUCGGGAGCUGAUCCAGCAGCAAGCUGAUAAGGUGCCUGUCCUUCGGCUGAAGCUUCGGGAAAAAGAUGACUAUAUUCGGAAGCUGGAGCAGGAGCGAGUCAACCUCUACACUGCUGAUCAGUGUAGAGAGCAGUACUGGAACGGCAUCCUGGGUGCUCGGCGCAUGUUUGCGAAGCACAUGCCUCACUUCCCUUGGAACGAGAAAGUUCCUCUAUGGAUGCAGGCCGAGGACCACUUGGUGGAAUGCCAAGCUGAUCGAGAUGAAGCUGAAGCUGAACGCCAAGCUGCUCUUGCAGAGGCUCGGGCCCAGAAGGCAACUUCCGAAGGUGAUACCACUGCUGGGGGUUCUUCGAAGGAUGCUCCCCUAGGGGCCGCUUCUGAGACUCCCAAGAGUUAG